CUGCUGUAUCUUGGCUAUGCAUUCACUUGUGAAUUUGGUAACAGAUUGAGCGUGCACAUAACAUGCUGCAUCUGCAGCCAGGCAUUUAAUAAUGAGCCAUUUAAUUAAUCCAUUAAGUGCCCAUAUAGCAUACUGCAUCUGGACAGGGCACACAUUACGUAGUGCCUUGGAUAGUGCAUCAAGUGUGCAGAUAAUGUGCUGCACUUGGAGCCAAGCAUGCAUUAAAUGCGCACGUAACGUGCUGCUGCGCAGUGCGUGCAGGAUCGCCCUGGGUUUGGUGGCCUCCCACAGCUGGUCUACGGGAUGGCAGCGGGGUGUUUUGAGAGGUUACAGCCCCCUGAGCAACGCACGGGGUGGGGAAGAGGCACCGAGUGUUAAAGCUGUGGGGUUGCAGCUCAGCGCGUCCCUGCUGCUGUGGAAUCAGUACUGGGGUCCCCCAGCCCCUUGGGAGGCAUCACUUGUCUGGUUUGCAGGGGGUGUGGGCAACAACUGGUGUCUUCCCCCAGUGGGGCAGGAAACCAGAGAGAAAAGCAUUAAAUGGAACACAGAAACCUGCCAAACCCAGAGACUCUGCAAGGGAGAAAGCAGAGAAAAUGCCAAAAGAAACCACUAUGGGGCACAGCCACGUGCCUGCUCAUGGCACAAAAUUGUUCUCUGCCUGCAGGAUCAGCCAGUGCCAGAAUUUCCUAUUCUGCAGCAUGAGAAGACUCAGAACUAUCCCUUAAUUCUUGUCGCAUGGCACCCUGUCACCACAGCAGCCCGCAUUUGCAUCCUUCACACUCCCUGAACGUCUCAAUCCCUACUUUCCUUCACUCACCAUUUUUUCCACUUCCUUAAUCUUUAUCAACUCAUGUGAAAUGGGGGGGGAAACCCAGGGGAAACCUGGGGGAUCUGGUGGGCUGCCUGUUGCUGUCCCUGUUGGAUUGUGGUGGGCGAAGGCAGUCACCCUCUAUGCCAGGGGAGGAUGCCGCACGCAGGACUCAGCAGGGAAGCUCGGCAGCUCUUGCAGCCCCCUGGCUGGGGGGUAAUUGGCACAGAAAGAGUUUUAGGGCAAUCUCACCUAGCACUAGGUCAUGCUCAGGUUGGCAGGAGCUCAGAUCUGCUUCACUACAGGCCCAGCGGUGGUUGCGUGAGAUGCUGCCAAGUGCUGGAGUCUACUACUUGCCAUGGGAGAUCAACAGCUCCGUCCCAGAGGGGGAGGCUCUGAGGACGUUUGGCAGGUUAUGCUGCUACGACCUGGCCCGCUCCGAAGCCGUCCUCAGUGCUCAGCACAGCGCAGCCCAGCACCGCGUCUGCGUGGACACCCGACUGGUGGAACCGUUUGAAGCCCAGCUGGGAUCUCUCUACAUGGUCCUAGGAGAGGCUGAACACAGGGAAGGUGAGAAUCCCGUGAUAAAAGCCCGGAUACUGACCUGCGUGGAAGGGAUGAACGCGCCCUUGCUGGAACGGGCCAUACAGGAGCAGAGGAAGUACUUCAGCGAGCGGCAGCAGCAGAUGGGAACGGACGCAUCCUGACGGCAGCUCCGAGCCAUGCCAUGUGCUGGUCCCCACCACGGCCACCUGGUAGCACUGCCAUUUGCAACAAACAUCUUGAAAGUGUUUUUAGAAGCUGGGAUCGAAACAACUGUUUUUUUGCCAUGGCAGAGAGAAGUCAGUAAGCAGGGGAACAUGUGAAGACUGUGAAUCAGUAUGUAGUUGCGGAGCUGCCAGCCUGUGCCAGGUGUCAUCACUGAAAAUAGCUCUGGGAGGCAGGUUUGUUGUUUAAGAGGGUGGGUAAGGAAUGAGCAUGUGAUUUACAACAGUCCUUUUGUAACACAGGGCUUAGAGAAGUCAGAAAAAGGCAAAGUAUAUGAAACUGGAGUUAAACACCUGUGCACACCCACACACACACUACCAAGGUGCAGCAGAUAGAAGGUAAAGGGCAUUAGUGCAAAGUUCAUUAACCCUGCAUGGCUGUGGGUCCAUGAGCACACACGUGUGUUGGGUUGCAGUGACUCAGCUGCCAGAGGAGCGUUCCUGGCAAAACACUCAGGUCUGGACUGAACAACAAAGGAAGAAGAAGGGCAAGGAGUCACUAUUUUCAAUAGCACUUACCUCUACAGAGGUUCAGGAGCUCAUGUUCAAGGCAGGUUGUUGACUUUAGCUCUAAAAUAAAUAUUUGCAGUGCCUGGAGAACCACCACUUUACUUUCUUCCUUGACACAAUUAAGUUUAGGAAACCUUAAACCACUAAUUUUGGAAGCAUCUAAAGGUUUUGAUUGAUAUGUUCUUAAAUAAAGAUGAAAAGAGAAUGUGA